GGCCCUGUAUGUGCGAAUUAGUACAGUCUCUAUGAGAGAGCGUGAGAGUCAUCUGCGUGCUUCGCAGAAGAAGAGAAAUGCGCAACAGGAUUUAAUGCGUAGCCUACACCUGUGUUCUAAGGAGGUCUCUUGUGCACUGCGUCAAGCUAUCCAAUGUUCCGCUUGCUCACUUGUUCUCAUGGAGCGAAACUUUUUCCGGCCUGGAGUUGUUUUGCCUCUUGAAACUUGACGUUACAUAGGACUACGUGAGGACAUACGUGAGGAUUCACCUGCGAGCCACCUGGGCAGACAAACACGAGGAAAUCCCUGAUUGUGCGCAACCGGAUAAUCUAGUGAUCGCAUCGAAAUAACUUCAACCAAGCGCUUAUCAAGAGACGUCUGAGAACAGCACGAACUAGGCAAUGUUGUUGUGGUUGGUGAUUGUGAUGACGAUGAUGAUGAGAAGGAAGCGAAAGAGGAGAGGUGUUAUGCUUUUGUGUCUGUUGGCGCUAAGCGGGCUUCCCUCUACCCGGGGAGGUUGCGACCAGGGGGCCUGUAAUCCUCGCAUGGGCAACCUUGCUUUGGGUCGUCCGUUGAUGACACAGACAGUGUGUGGCUACAACACCACCGAGGCCUUUUGCUGGUACGGGGAGAAGAUCGACGCACACGCACUAAAAAACUCCGCAGCUAACCUCGUCAGUAGCGGCAAAGCUUCGGAAUCUCUUUGCGGCACGCUGCAGUGUGGCAAAUGCAACGCCGCGCGACCGCACCAGUCUCAUCUGGCGUCCGACAUGAGCGACUCCUCCUUCCGACACCCGAACACCUGGUGGCAAUCGGCCGAAGGCGUCGCCACGGAAACAGUCCAGUUGAACUUGGAGACCGAAUUCUACCUGACUCAUCUGAUUUUGGUGUUCCGCUCCCCGCGUCCAGCCGCGUUGGCUCUGGAACGUUCUCCGGACUACGGGAAGACGUGGACUACCCUGCAGCUGUACGCGCGGGACUGUGAUAGAACGUUUGGGGUGCCUGAGGGAGACACGUGCACACAGAAGUAUUCAGCCGGAUACCCUUGUACAAGAGGAGAGGUAAUUUUCCGUGCCCUCUCACCCUGGCACACCCUGGACCCCUACAGCAGCCCGGCUCGUGCCCGUCUGACCCUCACCAACCUGCGGGUGCGUCUGCUCCAGCACCAGCCCUGCCCAUGCCAGCUGAAGGAGGCCAGGGGCACGGGAGGCACCGCUGGCACUGGGGACAAAGCUGGGGAGAUGCCGGUGCCAGGGCAGCACUUUGCCAUCUAUGACUUCAUAGCCAAGGGCAGCUGCCUGUGCAAUGGGCACGCCGACCAGUGUGUGCCCGCGCCAGGGUACCAGCCAUCUCGAGACCGGACCAAUCAUGUGGUUCACGGGAGGUGUGUGUGUCGGCACCACACUGCCGGUGCCCACUGUGAGCGUUGCGCUCCUCUCUAUAACGACCAGCCCUGGCAGCCCGCCAAUGGACUCACGGGAGCCCCCAACGAGUGCAAGAAGUGUAAGUGCAAUGGCCACGCUGAGAGCUGUCGCUUUGACGUGACGGUGUGGCUGAGUUCUGGUCUGCAUUCGGGAGGAGUGUGUGACUGCACACACAACACGGAGGGCCCAAACUGCCAACGCUGCAAAGCCGGCUUCUACAGGGACCCCCACAGACCUCACGCUGCCCCCGACUCCUGCAGACCAUGUGAGUGCGAUCCUAAGGGAACCGUGGCAACCGACGAUGGUGGCGGAGCAUUCUGUGACCAUGGUAACGGCGAGUGUGUGUGCAAGCCCGGUGUGGGCGGGUUGCAGUGUGACAGGUGCAGAGUGGGUUACUGGGGUUUCCAUGACUACGGCUGCAAGCCAUGCAACUGCGCAGGUGACUGCGACCCCUACACCGGAGACUGUGUAGCUCUACCUGAUCUGGAGGUGCCUCAGAGGGGGAACUCCAGUGAGCUGUUCCGUGUGGAGGAGCUCUUCUCAGCCUUGCGCUCUUCGGAAAAGUGUGUCUGUAAGGAACCAGACCUGGGAAACAGCAAAAUCUUCUGCACCAUGAAAUAUGACUAUGUUGUGAAAGUGAAGGUGGUGUCGGCUCAUGACAAGGGCUCCCACGCGGAGGUGCUGGUGAAGCUGAGGAAAGUCCUGUGGCGCAGCUCCGAACUGAGGCCUAAGGGGGCCUUGUGGGAGAGCUCCGCACUGAGGCUCGAGCGGGGAACUAUCACUCUCUACCCGGAGUCCUGGACAGCAAGAGGCUGCACCUGCCCUGUCCUCUACCCAGGUGUGGAAUAUUUGGUGGCAGGCCACUCAGACAGGAAGAAGGGUCGUCUCCUGGUCAACAUGAAGAGCUUCGUGAAGCGAUGGACCACCAGCCUCGGACGCAAAGUCCUCCACGUCCUCAAACAUAGCUGUGCCUAGCAGCGGAGGAGGAGAGGAGACGAGGAGGAAGAGGAGUGGAGGGGUGAGAGGAAGAGGAGGAGAGGAGGAAUGGAGCAAAGAGGACUCUUAUGGCAGUAUUGCCACAGCGAAGAAAAGCAAGAAACCUCACAUGCAGAGAUAAAGAGAGAGGGAAAGAGAGAGAGAGGAAGAGAGAGACUCUCAAAGACGUCUAUUGGAAAUGCACUUUAACCCAAGUGGGACAACACUGUCAGAUUCCUGCUGGAACACGGACUCACUCACACACACACACACACACACACACACACAAACAUGAGCAGGCAGACACACUUUUGCACAUACACAGAUGCUCACUUACACACACACACACACACACACACACACACACACACACACACAUACAUUCCUUUAUACUGUGUCACAUUGCAGUAUCACACCAUUAGAAAAGAUGUUCCAGUUUUCUGGGUGAUUGUGCUUCUGCGUGUUUGUUUCUGUAUAAGUGUGUUUGUGUGUGUGUGUGUGUGCCUGCGUGUCUGUUUCUGGGUGUGUGUGUAUAUGCGUGUGUGGUUGGUGGGAGGUGAUGGAGUUGGAGUGGCAAAACUACUUUGAUGCAACGUUAUCUGUGGCACUGUAUCCUCUUUGCCAACAAAUCACACACACACACACACACACAAACACACACACAAACACACACACAUACAUGCACACACUCACACACACACAAAUUCAAACAAGUUUCAUUUAUAAAGGAACAAUUAUUAAAAAGUAUGUUUUAAAUCAUAAAAGCCAUAAAGUCCAUGUUGCCUUAUUGAGGUAAGAUCGAAGAGAAAUUUGUAUAUAAUAGUAUUUCUGUAUGUGUUUGAAUGUGUGUGAGUGUGUGUGUGUGUGUGUGUGUGUGUGUGUGAGUGUGUGUGUGUGUGUGUGUGUGUGGAGAGAGAGAAGGAAAGAAAAUAAUUUUUACAGUCAGCACACUGUUAUUCCAUUUUUUGUCUUUAUGUCUGCCCAUGCCAUGUAAUGCUUCCCCUUUGUAGCAGACAGAUCUACUUGUCAGUUGUUAUAUAGGCAUAGAAAAUAAAUAUCUCCAUCAGCCCCAUCACAAA